AGAUCUCGAAGCAUUAUGGGCGGUAGCGAGAAGAAUCAGUGGGAGCCAUUGCACAGCACGAAAGUGCUUCCCGCGUGUGAGAACUCAUAAUAUUGCGAGUAACCUAACAUGAAUUGUGCUGUAUGCUUAGUUUGAAAUGAGGAUUAUCGUUUUAUUCAGUGCAAACAAUCCAAGUACGCAUGCAUCUGUGUAGCAGACAGUGACAUUUAUUCAGCGCCGUAAGCGCUAAAAUGUGGGAGGAAGACUUUAGUCAUCAUGCAAUGUGAAUGGAAAUAAUUCUGUUGGACAAAGAAAGGAAGUUCUUGAGGACAAAGAAAGUGCUAAGAUAUAAAAGAUGUUCUGGAAGUUUAACUUGUUAACAUCCUCCCAUGUGGACACGCUGCUUGAGAAGGAGGAGGUGACUUUGAGAGAACUGAUGGAUGAAGAUGACAUCCUUCAGGAGUGCAAAGCACAAAAUAGGAAGUUGAUUGAUUUUCUGACACAACCUGCAAACAUGGAGGAUAUGGUGUCAAUGAUCAUCAGGGAGCCAGCAGUUGACAUGGAAGAGCGACUGCGUUUUAAGUAUCCAAACACAGCUUGUGAGUUGUUGACUUCAGAUGUGUCACAGAUCAAUGAUAAAUUGGCCAGUGAUAGAGACUUAAUAGAUAAGUUGUACUACUUUUUGGAAGCUGACACUCCUCUGAAUCCUUUGCUUGCAUCUUUCUUCUCAAAGAUUAUGGGUCUGCUGAUCACAAGAAAGAGUGAAAUGAUUUUUGAAUAUUUGAAAGGCCAAAAAGACUUUGUCGGCAGCUUACUUCAUCAUAUAGGCACAUCAGCCAUUAUGGAUUUACUGCUUCGCCUAAUUACAUGCAUAGAAUCACCUGAAACAAGACGUGCUGUGAUAGAAUGGUUGAAUGAGCAGCAAAUUGUUCAAAGGCUUGUUGACUGUAUAGUCCCUUCCAAGGAUGAAGAUGUUCACUGCAAUGCUGCCCAGUCUCUUUGUGAUAUUGUGCGGUUAGGGCGAGAGCAGAUUAUCCAGCUGCAGGACACAAAUGAUCCUGAUCCACUCUUAGCUACCAUGGAAUUAGAAGAAACUGUUUCGAAGUUAAUAUCAAACAUGUUUGAUUUGGAGGAGAACGAAUCGGUUAUUGUCAAUGGCCUUUUUGUUAUUCAUACACUGCUGGAAGUCAGACGUCAAGGACCUGAGGCAGUUGGUGAGCAUUUGAACAUGACAGAGACAGAGCAUUCUCAGGGGAUCAACAAUGUCCUUGCAGCAAUAAAACCACGUCUCAAACAUUUUCAUGAAUUGCUGACCAACCCUCCAAAGCAACGUUAUAGUUCUAUGCCAACAUCUGUUGGAGCACUUGAGCCCCCUCUUGGAAAUGCCCGUCUACAAGUUGCAAAGCUUAUAACAGCACUAGUAGCUAGGAAUACAGGCACUAUCAAUGAAGAGCUUGUGCAUUUGAAGACUCUUCAUGCUCUGUUGGAUUUGUAUUUUCAGUAUACCUGGAACAACUUUUUACACACUCAAGUCGAACAGUGCAUCCUUCUAAUUCUCAAUAACCCAGCUCAAGAGAAGAACAACACUGAAGAUCACCUACUGCUUGCUCAGUUGUUGACGGAUGUGAAGCUGGUGCAGAGACUUCUGACUGAGUGGCAAGACAAUGAUCAUCAACAGUUACACAAAUGUUUCAGAAAGACUGAAGGAGGGCGAAGAAAAGGAUUUAUGGGUCAUCUAACUAAGAUGGCAAAUGCAGUGACCAGUGCAGUGGAGAAGGGCUGUAACAGUGAACUCAUCAAAAAAUAUUUAACUGACCUGCCUGAAGAUUAUAAGCAAAAGUGGGAAUCAUUUGUUUCCGGCACACUUGCAGAGAUCAACAAGAAAAAUGCUAUUGAAUUUAGAGGACAUCCACUGGCUUCUAGCAGUGAAGAUGAUGAUUCUGAUUUUAAAGACAUUCCAUUUCCCCAGGAUACAGCCAUGCAGCAAGCCUUCUCUGAUUACCAGUUGCAACAGAUGACAAGCAACUUCAUAGACCAGUUUGGGUUCAAUGAAGAGGAAUUUGCUGAACAGGAGGAUAAAAUUGAUGCACCAUUUUCUGACAGGAUAUCCAGUAUCAAUUUCAACAUUCAAGCCAAUGAAGUCGCUCACCCAAACUCAACUAUGUUUGAGCAAGCUUGUAACGAGCGGAUUCAACAAUUUGAUGAUGACGAUAGUGAUGAAGACAUUUGGGUUGAGAAACCACUUACCUUUGACAGAAAUGCAAAACAGACUCGCUCUGGGCGUUUACAGGGAGAAGCAGUACAGGUCAGUAGUAGCGAUGACAGCACUGAUAGUGAAGAAGAAUUGGAUUCGCCCCAUUCCAUUGCUCAACAGCCAUCCUCUGCUGCAAGUUCUUCAGUUAGUACUACUGCAACAGUUAGUGUGCCAUUCAUCACAGGAGCUGCAGAAAAAAUGGAUAUAGACACAUCAGAAGCAUCUUGGCCAGCAGAUUUAACCUGUAGUCAACAGUCAUCACAAAUUGAAUCGUCUGCAAUGGACACUGGCUCACCAUGGGAAAGUAAUAGUCUGCCAGCAGAGUCACGUGAAGGUUGGGCUAACUUUGACAAAUCUGAGGCACAGGAAGACAGUUGGGCAGAUUUUAAUUCCUUUUCAACUAUAACAAGGGAUAACGCUGGCCCAAGAAGUAGCUCACCUGUUGACAUGGAUACUUCAGAAAAUUCCAAAGGAAAUGUUUACGUGUUAAAUACAGAUUCUUCGUCAACAUCAAGCUGUGUGUCUGGAUGUUUGGAGAUAAAAGUUACAAAGCAUCAUACUGAAGACCAGUGUUUGACCAAUUCCAUAAAGGGAUUUCAUUUAGAAAUGUCAACACCAGUCGACUCUCAGUCACCUGGUGUUCCUGGCACUGAUGUCAAGUUAUAUAGCACAUCAGAUGGUUCAGUUAAAACAUCAGAAUUUGAAAGAAUAGACCAAGAGCCUUCAGGUCAGUCUGCAGGUACAGCUGUCCUCUCUACAGUGAAAAAAGAGAGCACAACACUCUGCAGUGUAGAUGAUAGUAACAUCUUAUUGGCAUCAACUGGAAUGCUGAAAAAGGUCAUUGAUGGAGAUGAACAUUCCAGUAUUACACAUUCUGUUCCUGGUGCAGGAGAUAACACUCAUACCGAGAGUGAUGCUGCUCAAGAAUCUAACAGUACAACUGGUUUAAAAAUAGAGGUACUUGGGACCUAUCCAAAGGAGGCUGUGGAGCAGCAUGAUGAAGCAUGUCAGCUGGCAGAUGGGGCAGUUCCCAAUGGACCUGUUUGAUACAAAAGUAUGCUGCCAUAUCUGGCAGCUAGUGAAAAGAAGGCCUUACAACAGACAUCUUUUCUGCCCCUUAACACAUCAUAAGGUUCAAGGGUAGCAGGACUGUUGAUCUGGGAACCGUCCCGUAAUUGCCAAAUGCACUAACAUGCAGGAAAUAUGAUGCUGAAGAGACUGCUAUCAUGGUCUUGUGCUGUUAAAAAGCUAGUGACUGUACAAGCUGACCUCAUGUGUGAAUUGUCUGUGACUGUGAUAGUCACAUUUGCUUUUCUUUGGGUAAUGCCUGCUAUAGCAGGCUUAUGUAAUAUAGUGUUUGGUUAAUUAAAAAAGAAAUACACGAAGAGCCUCCUUAACUAGCCACUUUGUAAAAUCAGCAACACCUGUUACAAUAAAGUUGGCUGGUUAAUGUUAAGCAAUGAACCACAGUUUGUUUUUUUUUUAAGUGGAUGUCAUGUGAUUAUGUAACAUAUUUUACUGUGGAGCUAUUGAGCCAUUGUUCGUUAUCAGGAAAUUUCCUCUAUUUUUUCCCAAUUUUCUCCCUCUAGACAUCACGAAUGUUUUGAGUUCUUGGAGAAAGAUCAUACCACAUAAGAAUGAUUAAUACAUUUUUAGCUGUGCUUUAGAAAUUUUGCGUGUGUGUAAAUGAAAAAGAGAAAGACUAUUUUAAGACACCUGUUAGGAAAGAAUGUUUAUUCUCUCAAAUAGCAGGGCUUCUAACUUUCUAACACACUAAUGUGUGCAGCCAAAUAAGCAAUUUGGUAUUUCUGCCUCAUUUCCAGAUUUCUUUCCUAUUAGAGAGUUCUAGCAUGAUGAAGUUUCUGAAGGCAUCCUCCUGGCACCAGUUGACAAAGCCAAAAGAUAAAAAAAAAGUCAGUCAUUAAUGAUACACUGCACUCUUCUUACGUGUACACCAUAUAGACUAAAUGUUAGUAAUUACAAACCUACUUUUGCUACAAAUGUAGGUUUGAAUGGGCUUGGACCUUCCGAUCUCACAAUUGCAAUUUUAAUGUGCUUUUCAACACAGCUUGGCCUGUCAUUGUUACUGAUGUCUGAGAGAGUGAGAGACAUGCCACAUGCUUAUCAAGGGCACUGGCUUGAAACCCUGUGCUUGUUAGCUUCUUAAUUUCGUGAUUGUGACUAAACAAACACUUUCAUAGAGUAGGGUGUUUGCGGAAAAUUUAUUUUGUACCCAUGCACACACAUCCAUAUUCUUAAGAGUGUUACAAUUUCCCUGCAUGUUCUGUAUGCUAUUGCUUAAAUAAGAAUGGGAAAACCUAUGAUUAAAUCCUUUUUGAAGUCUUUAUUACAAUAAUUUGCAUAUAAGAAGGCAGAAAAAUGUUGGGCGAAAACAAAAACAUCUUUGAGGAAGCAAACUUUUCAGUAGCAGAAAUAUACACCCUUUUUUUUUAACUUAUUGUUCUGCUAGCAUAUCCUUUUUUAACCAGAUUAAAUGUUGCAAAGAAAGAAGAAAUAACUGUUUGUUUUUGAUAUUGUUUCACUUUAAGUAUUUGAAAGUCAACAAUCGAUUGCUAAAUGGUGAAGCUGAAGCAGGUUAUGCAUGUGAUCCACUUGUUUAUGCCUAGUUGUCAAACAGUUCUCCUUGACUUUUUUCCCUUCUAUAAUCCCUUUAUUUCCCAUAUUUCUAACUGUAAAACCAUUUAAGUGCAGUUGGAAAUAAUAUGACAACACUUUCAAUAGUUUCCCCUAUGUCCAAUGAUAGAUUUUGUUGAAAAGUGCUGUAUAUUAAAGAAGUGUUUCAAAAACAAAAGUUGUUUACAUUUCUAAAGCAAAUUUGUUUAAUUGUGUUUCAUUCUUUGAAACACAUUGUUCAGUGUGCCUGUGUCAUAACAAUCCAUGGACUUCUCAGGAAAGUAGAAAAGGGAAGUUUCUUUAAUAGUACGAAAAUUACAAGGUCAAUUUAUUAAUGUCCACAUAGAGCAAUAUGACGAGAAACUUUUUUAUGUGUGAACAUAUAGAUUGACACCAUUGCAUAUACACCAGAUAUAAAUGUGUGUGGAUCCCAACACAUGCAAACCCCACCCUGUGAAAGUCUUCAAGUACAGUCCCAGCUCAAUAUCUCACCACCAUUCAUCCAACGCAAAUGUCGGGCAAGAGGCAAAGGUGAUGACAUAAAGGGAUAACCUUCAGGGAAAUCCAUUUUCCAGUCAAGACUACAUGAUUGUGUAUAGGUUAUUUAGAAGUAGUUGCUAUUUUGGCAUGCAGGGCUUAAAAUUGUUCCUUUUUCUUCCUUCCAGUUAAAGUGCAGCAAUGAGUAAGAUUUACAAAACUUAACAAAUAUCUGAUGGCAUUAUACAGGGCAGUUUAUAUGAAACAGAUGCAAGUAAACAUGUCCAUUUUAUUCCAUGAAUGCAUUUAAAACUUUGGUAUAAUUCUAAAAUGUGAUUAAAAGUUUUUUUAGAGUGUGUCAUAAAACAGCUGAUAUUAAGUGCUAUUUGUUGUGAAUAAGACUUCCGCUGUUGAAAUGAAAUUUUUAAGGAUUGAUACAGAUGCCUUUUGAACUACAGUAUGAUCAGAUAGUAAAACUUUUUAGUAAUAGUUUGACUGUCAGUGUCAAAAUGAAUUCAAUUGUCAAUGUUUCCUUUAUUGAGAAGAUAUUGCAAGUUAAUGACCAACACCAUGAUUAUUGUUGAGGAAUAAGAUAUCUGAUGGAAAUGAGAUUGAUGUGAUAUGAAUGCUUGUAUAGUUUUAAUGGAAUACACUGCUUCCAGCGAAAAGGGAUUUUCAUGACCUGGCAUGAGUUGCUCCAAAUUAUUCAAGAAAUGUUCCAAAGAUAGCAAUGUUAUAAGACCUUCAGAACCAUAAAUUAAUUCCUGUUUCCUGUUAUUAAAAAUCAUCUUCACUUUUCCCCAGUAUCUUUUAGCUGGCAGUUACUCCAAAUAAAAACCUUGAACCUGUAAAUAUUUUGUGCAAGCUGAAGUAAAGAAAUAAUGACAAAGUUGGAUCUUUAGAUUGUCAUGGAUAAUUGGUAUGCAUAAAGUGGUUUAGAGAAUGUGCAGAUUGUUCUGCCCUGUAAGGAUGUCAUUAAAUUUAAUCUAAAACUUUUUAUGCUUAGACCAACAGCUUGACUGUUGACUACAUGCAGAUAAACAGUUUGGCCUGUGAAGAUUAGCAAAUCAAAUUUGGUUCUUUUAGUUAAUAGUUAUUUUAAAAAUAAGACAUAUCAUUACUGAGUUUUAAUUGCAAACAUUUUACAAUUUUGUUUAGAAAAAUUAUAGUUGUUUGAACUAUUUUAAAUGAUAGUUUAAAAAACAUUCAGAUCACUAGUGAGUUUUAAUUAUUGCAAACAUUUUAUAAUUGUGUAAAAUUACUAAAGCAGUUCUUUGAGCCAGAAAAUGCAGUGCAUUGAACAAUUAAGUAUGAAAGUGUUUGCUGGGUACACACAAAUGCAAACUUAAUUUUUUAUGUUUUCCCACAGACUGGAUUUAUCCAUUUAUCAGUGCAUAAUCUAUUUCAUAAUCUAAAAUCUUUAAAAAUUCAAAAACUUUACAUAUUUUUAAACAACCUAAAAGAUGGAUUACUGGCCCUUAUCCUGAAAAUAAAACUCAAUCUUCGAAAGACAGUCAAAAUAUGCAUACCCCAUGUUACUUUGAUCUCAUUAUUUCCUAAAAAUACAACUAGUAUGCCUUAUUACAUUAUGGCUUGCCAUUUUAAUCUUUUCCAAAGAAGACAAAAGGUUUUCAGAUGUAUAUGUUGAGAUGGUAUCAGUGUCUUUUUGAAAACUCGUCACUACUGCUCCCUAUCUUACAUGCAUAAGCAAAAAAUGUAAAUGAAAACACAAAGUAGUUUUACCUAAGAACAGUGAUAAUCCACAAGUGGAUGUGCAUAACAUGCUGAAUCUAAUUUCCUCCCUGUUAUCACUAAUGCUAACACUACCAUUCUUUUCAAACCACACUUACUGACAGCACUUAGCAAUUUGACCGCAAGCCAACUCUAAGCAUUCAAUGCAAUAGUACUUUCAACAUGGAAACAAUUUCACUUGUUUUUAAAUGUACAAAUAAAAUGAAUUAAAUAUUUUAUAUUUUAAAAAAAAAAAAGUCGCCAAAUAAAGUGAUGGGAACUUGGGUUGAAUAGGGGGUGCUUCAUUUAUUUUCCACUGGUGCUAUAUUAUGUUGUGAGGAGGAAAGAGUGGUUGAUUAAUGUGAGGUUUCGAUGACAGGCUAUGUAAAGGAGGGGGUCUACCACAUCAAGUGGCUGCAGGAUUGUCUCCAUGCUUGGGUGCAUUUUUAUAUAUAUAUAGGCUCAGUGCUAGCUGGUUAACUGGCACUCAGGUUGUGGCCAAACCACUAGACUCUGCUGCUGGAUGUGCUGAUGAACAGAUGUACCUCCCUCAUCUAACAGGCUGAGGGGAUCGGCUGACCUUGAUUUAGUUUAUGCUUUGUGGUAGUGCUUCGAUUUGGAUAAAAGUGUUGGACCUUCAUGUUUGCAUGUUCAUCUGCUGCAUUUUCUUCCUCUUCUGUCGUGCAGCAGGACUGAUAUCAAUAUAUAAUGUUAUUUAUUUUUAGAUAUUGACCUUGCUUUCUUCAUGUAGUUGGUUUCAUGACAUCUUUUGCUGCCUGUAAAAACUCUUUUGUGGGAUCAAACCUUCACAUAAUUUUCAUCCUUUAUGGAUUUUAUUCAUAGUCAGUACAAUUUCUUCUUUGUCACUUUCACAUUAUCAUUUCGCACAUGCUCACCUUUCUACUUUUCCUGUUUUCUUCUUUUCAGACCCUUUCAGUAAUGUUUUUCACAAAUACUGUCCGGCUUUCUUCAAAAGGGUGUUAUUUUAGAGACCACAACAAGUCUUUCAGCAAACUGCUUUUUAUUUGUUGUAACCCAUAUUUUGUUGGUUUGUAUUUAUUCAUAGUUGUUUAUUUAGUAAUUUCAUCAAUAUGUGAUGAGCCAGUCUUAUUUCUCUGUUUGAAUGUGACAAUUUUUUGCCAUGAUAUGGCUAUCAUUGCUGGCCACCAUCAUUCUAUCUCAAACAUUUUCUGAUUUCUUCUCUUCCUCUUGUACCUUUUCCCUAACUCCUGUUGUUUAUUCAGGUUCACCUAAUCAUUUGCCUUUAUUUUCUGUUUCUGUUUGACAGCUAUGUAAGAUGAGAUGAUGAGUUUGUGAUGUGUUUCUAGGCCAUUGUAUCUUGAUGUAGGGUCUAGUUAUAGUUUUUGCUAAAAUGAAAUUUGUCACUGUGUGGUGAAGUCAUUUCAGUUGUACCAUGAGCACAGGUGGCUGGUCUUGUGUUGGUAAUUUAUAAUUGGUAUUAGUGCACAAACUGUUGUUUUCCAUUGUACAACAGCAUCACUGUGGGCUUAAGUAUGAUUCCCAGAGUGCUCUUCUGCCUUGUCCUACCAUUCAAGUCUCAUGGUACAUCCAGUUCUCUUUGUUCAGUUUAUCUGCAAGGAAAGAAGAAAAUUCUUUUCUCUUUGUUUGUGUCAUUGUAAGAUGCAUAUCAUAUUAUAAUUGGACAUCAGUGGCAACUUUCUGACCUAUUUGGUUGCUCAAGAGGUUGAUUGUUGCAAGUAUGUAUAGAAUUAAGGUAUACUGUGAGCUGCUCUUUGCUGAUGUCCUACUUCAGCCUAGAUGAAGACAUAGCCUUUAGUGUUCUUGGCUGCUUUUCCUUUCCUGUGCAGUCUGAAAUUCUCAUAAAUAGGAUUUUAUGUUUCUGCAGGAACUUAUCUAUUUCUGGCUCUAUUUGUACAGUCCACAGACUUUCCAUGUGCUAAUCUUUCUUCUUUUGUUCAUAUACUGUUGUAGUCCUUUUUUUUUUCCAUCUUGAUCCAGUUGUUUUGUUUGUGGAGGGAGUGGGGUUUGUAUGUGUGUAUUUUUGUUUGUUUAUUCAGCAUUGAGAGAUCCACUUGCUGUUUGCUAAGCCAGUCGAAGUUUCAUCAGAGCCAUGUUAGCUGGUUUGUUUAGGAAAGUCUCAUGCUCUGUCCAUUUCCACGUUCCAAAACAGUGAGAUUCAAUUUUGGAAGGCUUGGCAGUAUGCUCAAAACCUGUAUAAUUUCACAAGGACACUAACAAAAAGAUAACCCCUAUCCAAAAAUUCACACUAAUAAAAUAAUACUGCAACUGUAAACUACUACGAAAAAAUUAGAAUGUCUUAAUAGUUUUAUAACACUGAAAGUAUAGGUAACCAGUUUAUUCACUUAGGUGGAAAGGGAUAUGGAUAGUAGAUAAAGGUUAACUAGGCAGGCAUGAUUUUAAGUUGUCAUCAAGAAAUUUGCUUCCACCUGAAAAAAAAUUGUCACCUUAUUUUUAUAAAUAUUAAAACAAUUUGUAUGUUUAUCACAUGAGUGGCAUUGCAUUUAGGUUGUAGGCAGAAACACAUUCUUCAGUGCACAAAUCAGGAAGGAGUAUUUUGCUCAAAUCUAAAGCUGGCAUGUUAAUUUUCCGAUUGGCUUUACUUCAGGUGACUGGAAUAUUUUUCUUUGAAUUUGCUGCAUGUCUUUUCCUUCAAAUGAAGAAUUAAUGAUGCUAUUAUGGAAGACGUGCAGUUUGUGCAACACAGGGAUCAGCCUUUGCACUUUUAUAUCUUCCUCAUACUGCUCUGCCCCCAUAUUUUUCUGUUUCUCCUUAUACAUGAUUUAGGUUAUCAGGACUGGACUGUAGUGACUAAUCAAGUGAUCUUGCAUGUCUUUUGUACACGAAGGAUGUGUGUAUAUUAAUAAACUGUCAUGUUUAUGCCUUGUGUAAAUGCAGAUGACAUGAAUGCCUUGUGGACACACGCUUGGCAUUUUUUAAAAUCAUUUUCGGUAGAUUCAGCUUAAAUUAUAAGGGACACACUUCCAAAAUCUUACCAAAACCAAAAAACAUUAGAAAAAAGAUGUGUGAAAAUGAAGUUUAUGACCUCUUUACUGAGUAACUGUGGUUAGUAUGAAGUUUUUGGUUAUUUCUAUUAGCCAGUUCAAUAACUUACACCAGAGGCUGUACACAAAUUGUUUCUUGUAUUUGUAGCAUGUUUCUAAUUAUUUUAAAUGCCUAUAUUUUUAUAUUUGCAUGCAAGAACUCGAGCCCAGAGUGCAGAAAAGUGUACAAAUUUAUGUUGAAACUGUGACUUGCCAAGUCUUCUCUGCAUUAACAAAAGUGAAUACUAUAAAUUACUUAUUUGAUUGAAUAUUCAUGAAGACAUAAUUUGGUGGUCUAAUUGUGUAAUCAUAGAAAGCAAAGUAUAUACAGGAUUUUUUUCUUAAUGCCUGGUUUAUUUCUCACCAAUCCACUUUCACAGGUUGCAAAGCAAGGUAGACUAAACAAAUGCUCAUGUUUAAAAUAAAUUUUGAAAAGUAGGUAGGUGUAAGCAAGUUGCAAGUGUACUGCACAAUUUGAAUACUGAUGCUAGCAGUUAAGUGUGUCAAUAUUACACUUGUUACUUGCAGCUGGAAAGUAAAGACUAUCAGUAAUCAAA